CUUAGCUGAUGUUCAGACUACUGGUGUACGCCUUAUUCGAAGUUUAGACCAGUGUACGCUUUUGGUCGAAGUUUUAACCCAUUGUGCAGGGGGUAAUACUGUGACUUUUGUAAAAGGUGACUUGUGCAGAAGGCUAUCGGGAUUAUAAGCUUGCUUUGUCUCCGUUUUAAACACAAAGUGUUCUUUUGAUCGCGAAAAGAGCAAUAUUUUAACAUGAUGGAAACUGAGUGAAGAGUUAAUUCGCCCUUUUCUAUUUUUAUCAUUUUUUUAACAUUAUUUUCAUUUAUUAUAUUUUGUUCCCAAAAUGUCUAACCUUCACGAUCUCAGAUGGACAUUCUUCCAUAACAGCUAGCGCGGCUUGUCAAAAUUCGUCCCACUAGCGUAAUGGGCUCAUGUGCAACUAAAACAAAGCGAAACUCAGUGGUGUUGACAUUCAGUGAAAACAUGCCAACAAAAACUAAUCGGGACCUUCAAGAGGAGACGGAUUCCCGCUAUAAACACAAAACGGCCAACGCGCCUGCACAGACACACAGACACCGGAAGGCAGACAGGAACCACGUGGCACAACUUAAUAAUCAAAUUGUCGAGAAGAAUACGCGAAAUACCGAACUUCCCCGAAGUGUUCCCGAUGGUGAAUUACGAAGUGUUCCGAAUGCUUCCGAUGGUGUACCGAGGGCGACGGAAGAGGAGGUGCCAGCAGAGGAUAAUGCAUCGGAGGACAAUAAACAAGGUAAGCAUGAAAAUGCUGAGUGUGCUAGUUAUACAGUACAGAGAUAUAAAAAAGUGGCCAAUCCCCCAGACAGAGCAAAAGAUGACUCCAGUCUUGGAUCAAAAAAUGGACAGCUAUCGACACAAAAAGUUAUGAUGUCACAGGAGGCCUUAGGGACUGGAUCCCUCACCGUCCUAAAACGGAGUAACUCUCGUGCAAAGCCGGUAACGACAACGUCACGCACACCGAGCGAAGUCAGUAUUGAUAGUGACCACCAAACCUAUGCAAGUGUCGACCUGGGCACGGACAAGUUGCCGGCAAUUGACACACCGGAGGCGUCACAUGUCUGUUCGAUCAGAUUGCGAUGUAUCCUCAAACGGUUACAGAAAGAUGAUAUUUCAAAAGAGGAUUUAAUUAAAAACUUGGAAUACGCCGCCUCAGUGUUAGAAACGGUAUAUAUCGACGAAACAAGGAAAAAGAAUAAGAAUAGUGACAUGCAAGAUGUUCCCGAGAUCUCAGAACCGUCGGAUGUCGUCAACGCAGAUGAUAUCGUCAUUGAAGAUGCAGACGGCCAUACUCAAAACGGUACAGCUGAAAAUGGCCUUGACCAUGAUCUUGGGUCUUCCAAUAACCUUCAUCCCAACCGCGAGCCCAUCAUGAAGGUCAAGAAACCGCAGAAACUAAAACCGAUGAAGGAAAGUGACCAAACGCCGAAAAAUCAAAAUGCGAAAAAAAUGAAAGAUGGACGGCUUUGUGAUGAAGACGACGAGCUCAGCGAGGUCGAGCCGGACGCCGUUCCGACGGAGGUGCGGGAUUGGCUAGCGUUGACCUUUACAAGGUCAAUGAGCAACAUAAAGCGGCGCGGGGAGGAGAAGCCGAAAUUCCGUAGCGUGGCACAUGCAAUCCGGGCGGGGAUUAUGGUGGAUAGGAUCUACAGAAGAAUGUCCAGUUCUGUGGGUCUCCAUGUGCCACCAAAUGUACUGCUUCAAUUAAAGAAUAUGGAUGAAUGGUCUUUUGACGUGUUUGCUGUGAAUGACGCUGGUGACGGCCAUGUGCUCAAGUAUGUAGGGUACGACCUGCUGCAACGCUAUGAUCUUAUACACAAGUUUAAGAUGAAUACAAAUGUCCUUGAAGCCUUCCUGGGGUGUCUAGAGCAGGGUUAUAGCAAACACAAGAACCCUUAUCAUAAUUUAGUCCAUGCAGCCGACGUGGCGCAGACCACGUACCAUAUCAUAUCACACAGCAAACUUGUGCAUUGGUUGACUGAUAUUGAAAUCUUUGCCACGAUUAUUGCAGCCUGUAUACAUGAUUUCGAACACACUGGAACGACGAAUAACUUUCAUAUUUCGACAGGGUCAGAAGUGGCGUUGCUGUACAACGACCGUGCCGUGUUGGAGAAUCAUCACAUCAGUGCAUCUUUCCGGAUACUCAAGGAGGAUGAAUAUAAUAUAGUGUCAAAUCUCUCAAGGGACGAAUAUAAAGAGUUUCGAAAUUUAGUGAUUGACAUGGUGCUGGCCACUGAUAUGUCCUGCCACUUCCAGCAAAUCAAAAAUAUGAAGAGCCUGCUCAGUAUGCCAGAGAAUAUCGACAAGAGCAAAGCAUUGUCCCUCGUUCUCCACUGUGCUGAUAUCAGCCACCCAGCAAAAGACUGGAAUCUCCACUACCGCUGGACGUCCCUACUGCUCGAAGAGUUCUUCCAACAGGGUGACCGCGAGCAAGAAUUAGGCCUGCCCUUUUCCCCCCUCUGUGAUAGGAAAAACACAUUAGUUGCUGAAUCUCAAAUAGGUUUUAUUGACUUCAUUGUCGACCCAAGUUUCCAGGUUAUGGGCGACAUGCUCGAUAAGAUUCUGACCCCACUACAUCAGCCCCACCUAUCCACCCGGUCGAUAAACGAUGCAAUUAAAGAGGAGGCACCGGAGAAACAAGACCGGAGCACAAGUACGACAAGCCUCUCUAGCCGUCCUACAACACCAAAGACACCACUAGGUUCGAGAUACGUACUCGACCGCGUCUGGUACGAACCCCUCGGGAAUAACAAGAGUAUGUGGAAAGAACGCGCAGCAUCAGAUGCGGCCAUUCGAGCCAACAAGAAAAUGAGCAUAGCGAAGAAUGAACCAACAACAGAAACGACUCAGGAAACGACGACGAGUAAAGUUGGCGGCGACGCCGAUUCAGGGGUUGACUCGCCCAAAGAUGGCGCUGAUGAGAAGACGGAAGACAAACAAAAAGCUGCCUAGAAUUCAUCAUCGUCUGUUAGAUUCACUAGUAUAUAUUCCGGAACUUGUUAACCGCCAGACAUCCUGCACCGGAUUAUUGGGGGAAAACAAGAUACCUGAAAGCGAUGUUGGGACCCAAGUCAAUAUGGUUGAAUCGGAUGCCUAAACAUGCUAAAUGCCCAAAGAAUAUGGAGUUGAGAUACCAUCCAGAGCAUGGAUAGUUCAUUGUUCAAAACUUUCGAAUAUCAUCUACAUGUAGAAGUGUGUGUGGAUGAAAUUUCCAAACGUAUGAAAUACGAUCCAGAAUUUGGAUGGUUACCAUGCAAAUCUUAAUCGACAUCAACCAGAGGUUGUUUGGUCGUAAUUCAACAGAUCCAAGUGAGAAUGGACAAGGAUGAUUGAAUGAAAUUUCGUCCAAACGUAUGAAAUACUAUCAAGAGGUUCGGAAUGUCGGAAGGAAUAUCAAUCCUAGAUGGACAGCUAUCCAUUGAAAAUGGAAUAAACUCUGACUGGGGUGGCAACUUGCUACCGAUAAUCAACUCUGUGUUACUUAUAUGUUGCUUGAUAUCCAGCACCACACCUAAGUGAGAACUAAUCCCGGCAUUGCACUUUUAUGUGAGAUGAACCCUGUCGCCGCGCACCCAAAUGAGACCGACCCGGCGUCAUACGCGUACACGAACCAGCGGAGUGGCAGUGGGGACGGUCCGCAACGUCUCUAUUGUGUCAAAGAAACAUGGCUCCAAUCGACGAAGAGUUUGUUUGAAGGAGAGUGUCUGGAUGAUAUUGCAUCCAAUUGUAUGAAAUACCAUCCAACCAAACAUUUCAAGGACGUAAACCCGCUAAGAUUAUUGAGCGUGAAAAAUGUUUUUAAACCAAGACUAGAUUGUAAAAUUAUUUUUCCAAGCUUUCAGAGAGUCCGACGACAGAGAGUUACUAAUGGCCAUCACUAAUUAUUGUUGCUGGGUUCCUGUAAAUGGAUGAUGGUUUUGGUGAGCAAAAUAAACAAGUAUGUGUUCAUGUGAACUCAAUGAUGUACAUGUACAUACUCUAGUUUCAUUAAUCUAAGAAAACCUCUUCAACUACUAGGAACAUGAUAAGUAAGGUCAGCGAAAUGGCAUUUGACAGGUACCGAGAACCACCCCUUGUCAGUCCAAAUUAGACAUUUUGAAUGGCAGCGAACGAUCGUGUGCAUAAUAUGAGUUCUUGAAUGUUCAGAAACUGCCUUGGAUCAAUGAAAUUAAAGUAUAUGCGGAAACACUAUGAUUCACUAUGUUAUAGACAAAUUUCUAACAAUCAUCGUCCACUUGUCUUGGUGAUGAAAGUUACACAACUGCCAAUCCAACGCCUGGGAGUCGACCGUUGCCAUAGAAGCCACACCAGCAUUCAAAGUGUUUGUACAUAAUUAUAUGACUGUGUUAUUAUGUGUUUUCAAUGUCUUAUGCACAGCGUGUACAAAUACGUCGCCAUGACCUAGUUUUAUAAACAGGUGAGGAUGACCUGCUUUUGUUAAUUAAACAGGUCACAGUGACCUGUAGUUUCGUGUUGGCAUUGACAUGCUGACAUCGAAUGCCCUCAUUCCUGGCAGCAAUAGCUAACCAUAGGUUUGUUAGUUUUGUCAAACUUGCCUCAAGUAAAUCGCAGGCAGGGGGGUUUCUUGGCACAUCUAUGAUAUAUCGUGGGCCUGAUUUUAGAAGUCAAAAUUUAGAAUGACUCAUUUAGCAGUUUUGGGGUUCAAGGUUGAAUUGGGUUACAGUCUUCACCGUAUGUCUUUCUGCUUUGCUUAUGAGAGUACGACUGAUAAAUGUUCAAAAAUGUGUAUAUGUUGUCAAAGCUAUCACCUCAGAUGAGAAAUGUUACCCUGCAAUUCAGUUCAUCUAACAAACAGUGAAUUCACCCAUUCUAUUAUGGAACUUAUAGCAAUGUUGUUUUCAGCAUGGACAUGAUGGAAGAGGUUUGAACUCAUGAACUUGCAUUUUAUAGACAUUUCAAAGCAUUUUCCUAUGUACUUUGCAAUGCUUAUAAUAGAGAGGUUCAGAUCUCGAUGUAUGCUUUUGGCAGUGAUAAAAAACGAUCGACUAAGCAAAAUCUGAACCUCUCUAAUGUGCAGUAAAGCUUGGUGAGGUUGGGUGAUGGUGAAUUAAACCUUGGUCCAUAACUGUAAACUUCCAUUAAACCCCAUGGGUAAUCAUUAUUGAAAACUUCAUCACAGCUAGAACAAAAUAACAUCGUGCAUUCAUUGUGUAUAUGUGAUUUCAGCACACUAUGUAUCUAAACCCGAUUUUAAAAUUUGGUCAAGAAAUUAUGUUAAUCUGUAAAUAUAAAAAGAAACUUUCAUUUUUUUCUGAGAUUUAGAUUUAGAGGCAAUUGUAAAUUUUCGUAGAACUUUCGUAUAGAUAUUGUUAGUGAUGUGACCACACCUAGGUGGUGUUGUGUAUGUGUUGAGUGAAUGGAUGCGUGACGAGUGCAUGUGAGUGACAGUGAGUUAAGUCUUACUUGCAUUUUGGUGACAAAAGUUAGAGCUAAACAUUUAAACGCAUGUUAACCAUGGACACGCGUUUGUCAUUCUGACGAUUUUGUUGAAUUUCAUUAAGAAGCAAAGGAACACCAACAUAAAUUAAGAAUAAAAACAUUCUCAAUGGUUUUCUCUAUACCCAGUAGCAAGUUUGGUAGUGUGUGAUUCUGUGCAUCUGUGUGUGUCUGUGUAGUACGUCUGCGAUGACUGUUGUAAAUGAGUCCAAAUAAAGCUAAAACAGUUGACAUUGAGUCAGAAUCUUCACAGGAUCAUGUUUUAGAACAAAGACAAUAUGAAGGUUUGGAAAAAAUUUUGUCACUUUUUUAUUGUAAAGCUGAUGUUGUGUCCAAGACUCGGAAAAAACAGGAGCACAGGGCCCCUGCUUCUAAGAAUUUCAGUUUUUUUUCUUAAAAGUGCUAAAAUUACUUGCUAAAAUUUUGAAUUUUUUAAAACAUUUUGGCAAUCCUUUCUCCUUGGAUACGGGCCUGCAAAAAGAUUCUGCAAUAUGACAGUAAGUGAAAUUUACCUGAAGUAACUAGGAUACUGACACUUUUUGGGGAAAGCCGGCUAUUGUUACCCCAACUUUUUGUAAAACCUCUCAUAAUGGUUAUCGAAAAGAUAUCUAUUCUUGAUUUUUUUUAAUGAUUCUGACCGUAUAUCAACCUGGAGAUUUAGCUUAAGUUGGAGAACCUAUCUGUGUCAUACACUGUUUGCGAAAUGCAAAUCUAUAGUAUGAAACAAGAGACGCUUGUACAUGUCUCCUAAAUCUAGGUACAUCGGUACCAAUGUAGAACUUUAAUGAUACAAUUAGAAGUAUAGUUUUUUGUGUAGCUGUUUCUAUUGUUAAACCUGGACAUAAGAUGUGUACAUUUCAUGGAGCUGGUAUGUAAUUAAUUAUACAGUCAUAUACAUAAACUUAUUUAGGUAAAUGUUUUAUAAAAAUGAAAUUAUAAGUAUAUGCAGAUUGAAAUUGUAAAUGUUAAAAUCUAUGUGAAUAUUUGCUAAGUUAUUAUGUAAUGGUGUUUAGAAAGUUUUGUUGGGGCUUGAUGGAACUGUUGUCAUCGUCACAGAAAAAUACUUUCGAGAUUCAAUAAAAUGUAUUUAUCGAAUUGGUACAUGUACAUGUAUGUGUGAAAUGGGAAGAGAUUCAAUUUUUUGCCACUUACCCCUAGAAUUGAUUUGUUAUAUUUGAAUAUAAAUAUAAAACCCAGUAAAAAAGCAUAAAAUGCUUAAAGUCGUUUAUGUGAAUGAGAUGUGUGUUUCAAAAGAUCGUUUUCCUCAAUGAACGUAGAAGGCACCAAUGUGUUGUUUCUAGUUGAAUGUGUGGAUGCAGUGUACAUGUAGCCAUGAUUCAGGAAAAAAAAUUUUUCCUGGUGUCAAUGUAGUAUAUUUGACCACAUGCCCAUGACAACAGUUUCCAUGGUUACCAUCAAACAUUUCUAAACAGCCGCAUCACUGCUUCAGGAGCUAUACACAUUGUAUACAUGUAAUGUAAAUGCAUUCACCUGAAAUAGACCCAAACUGACUGUACAUUAUAAAAUAUAUUUGUAUUGGAUUUUGGUUCUGUUCCGGAGGAAAUCAAUGUAGACAGACUUCACAAGUUCAAGUUGCGUGGUAAUUGUAAAUACUUCUGUCACGAAAUUACGAUAAUGCGUAUGCGCCAAACUUCGAUUUCAUUUCACCUUGGAGAAAAUGCAUGAAAAAGCAUUUAGUAGUGACAGAAAUCUUAGUUAAUUGGUCAACAAAUUUUCGUAAUUAUCAAUCUGUGUUAAGUGGUAGUUUUAAUGGUUGGGUGCUGGUGUACGUGUGCCAUAGUACCUACAAAAUAUGUGUCAGUUCUUCAAGAAAAAGUAGCAACCAAUUUGUCAGAAAGUUUUGGUACCAAAAAGAAAUUAGUAUGUUAAUGUGGAAAAAUUCAAUAAUAGGAAAGUUCCUUGUUGGUAAUUACUGUUGCUAGGCAGUCAUUACAGUUGUUGCGAGGUAGUUGCUAGGAAAAGUGGUUACCCAGCAACAAAUGUAUUUGCUGCUAAUGGAUUUCUCUUGCGUAGAAGAAUUGCUAGAUGGGCACAAUAUGUGUUGCUAUAGAAUUCCUCAUUGCCUAGCAGUAGGGGUUGCCUGGUAACAUAGCAGUGUGAUGCUAUCGAAUCCCUCGUUGCUAACCAGGUUUAGGUGCUUUGUUGCUAUGGAAUCCUCAUAGGUGUAACUAUUGAAUUGCUCUUUGCUAGGAAAAACAAGAUAUGUGUUGCCAUGGAAUCCAUUGUUGCUAAGCAGUAUUGUAGUUGCUUGGUAACACCAUGUAUGUUUUGCUGUGGAAUGCAUUGAAAGAUCACCUCUUUGGUAACUAGGUGAAAGGAGCCAAGUGACGUUGUCAAAAAUGUCAUUUGCUACAGGCUGCCUGUAUCAUAUCAAAAUAAUGCCGCCCGAGUUGCUAUGGUAUUUUGAAUGAAUGUAUUGUUGCCCCGGAAACCAACCAUUAAACCUGUCUUUGUUAUAAGUGUUUAUAUACCUGUUAAUUCCGCUGUGAUCCUCAUAUAUAUGUAAAUAUGAAAUGAGCUGUAGGUAGAGUCUUAUUCGUUUCCAUUAGAAUUUACUGUUAUUCCAUGUAUGUUGAUAUCAUGUAUGUUGUCCACUACAAAAAAAGCAAGGUUCGAGUGAUUUUACCAUUAUAUUUGCCUGCCAUUUUUCAUCGCUCGAAUGGGGCUUUCAUUUCGCCUUAAACCUGCCUGCCAGCUUGGUUGUGGGCUACAUUUAAGCUUCACCUUCACAGUGUUGGGUGAAACAACCAGUACCAGCCUCCACUUCAGUAUGAAUACCUUAAACUGUUUGUCCUGUUGAAGCCACACUUUCAUCAGCUUAUUCAUAAAAAAAACUGCAUGUCUUUAAAUACAUGUAGUUCUGUAACUAGAAGGUGAGCAGACAAAAAGUGCAAAAGAUUUGUACAAGUAUCUGAUGGUGUGUUAUACAUAUUUCAUGUAAAUUUCAGUAUAGUGGCUAUUGAACUUAUUUAACAGUACCCGACAUUGUGGGACACAUCGAAAAUCACAGUGUCACAGUAUCAGUGAUUUAUCGUCUAUAAAUUGGUAGGCAUGCCAGUUGGAGAAGGUAUAAAGUGAGCGGUGUAUAAGCAGCGACUAUUUGAUUUCCCCUGACGUUGCAAAAGAGACUCUGAGGUAGAUAUGGAUACGUACAGUCUGUCAAGCUAUUGCAGUGGAUAUCAGGCUAUACCUCAACCCCUCUGCUUUUUGUACAGGACAAUAUACAUCAAUGUGCACAGCUACUACGUCAACUUGUCUUAAAUUGACUUAGGCAGUUAUUUGUCAUAUUUCUCUGUUUAAUUUCAUUGUUACUGUACUGUAGUGAUAAUUUCACCCUAAAGUUACUGUUUACGCCGAUACAUUGUUGUACUACAUGUUUGUGUUUCAAAAUGAAUUUGAUAAUUUUGACCUCUGACAUUGUAUAUUUUGAUGACAGAGUAAUUAAUCUAAUCAAUUGAUAUCAUUCCCUCGUCAUAUGCCUUAAUACUGGAGUGCAUGCAAAAGCGGCUGCCGAAGCAAAGUACGCAGUGAACUUAAACAAGUUAUGGUUGAUUGUAACUGACAUCUACAUGAAAGAUUUAUUUAUUAAAAAUGAUUGUGAAUAAUCGAAAAGAUGAACAACAUGACAUUGCCAAAGAAAAUGUCAUAUCGGAACACAGAAGUGUCGAAUGCAUUUUGAAACACUUAGUAUAGUAUUCCUAUACGUAUGUAGGUGUACUUGCAUCUUUUGCAAACUGGGGUGGAAUUUUCCAUGUGAUCAUAGUGUGUGUUUUUAAUUCCAAAGCUUUUCUUAUCCCUAUGCAAAUAUGAAAGACAGCAGAGAUGCGAAAUGAAGUGCUGAAACCUACAGGAUGUUUCAAAAUCCUGCUCCUCCAAGGAAUAUUUUUUGCAUUUUUUUUGGAACCAUACCAAAAUCCAAAUUUUGUCGCAGAAACGAGAUCUACCAUUACGAUAUGCAUUUUUUUAAAAAUUGAUUUUGAAGUUCUGAACUACCAAUAGAAAAAUGU